AUGUUCGAUCUACCCACACAAAUAUCGAACAAACGAAUUGCUAAUGAGAGGAAAAUUCGAUAUACUUAUAUCAAUCAACUGUCGAGAAAGUACAACCGCCAAGAUGCUGAAUCAUCUUCACUACCGACACCUGAGAAUUCAGCCAGUGAAAGCCACGAGUCUACUGGGGAGGAUGAAGAAGUUAGAAGAAGAAGAUUGAAAAGGAGGUGGAAGAAUGUCAUUGGUGAAGCUGUUUCAGAUACAGAUGAAGAUGAAGAUGGAGAGGAGGAGAGGGAGGAUGAGGGGCCAGAGAAUCAGGAACGAAGGUUUUUCAAGACACAUGAAAAGCCACAAGAGUCCUAUGAAAUUUGGUCUACUGAUAACAAUAAAAGAAUGCCAUUACAGAAAAAAUUUAUAUCUUUUUCCAAAUUGAAUAAAAUUGAAAAAUCCACCAAGAGAAGGAUGCAAGGAUCAUUAUUACACUCUUCCAAGUUUAAUAAUAUAUGUUUUGAAAGCAUAUCACAAGGCCAAGAGUUAGUUACACCAUUGCAUACACCAGAAAGUUUUACUUUGAAACAUAUAGAAAAUCUAACGAACCUAUUACAUAUAAACGUCAUGAAGGGUAAAUGGGAAGUAGCGUACAAGAUAUUUGCAUUGAUGGUUAGAAUACCUAAAGUGGACAUCAGAUCAAUAUGGGGUAUCGGUGUCAAGAUUUUAUCCCAGCGAGCCGCAACCACAACUCUUGAUUUCCUUGUUUGGAUGAAUAGCGUUUAUUCAUCAAGGAUCAAUUAUAUUCAAGGUAUGACCCACAGAGUCGACCCUGUGUUUAGAAGCGGGUCCAAGACACACUCAUCCAAAUUUACGAUAACGUGGUUGUGGAAAAGUUUAAUCUAUUGUACAGAUACCGAUAAUGACGAAGAUAUAGACAGCGAUUAUGGUGGAUUUGGAAGGGAUAAAUUGCAAAUAUUGAUAGAAAAGGUAUCAGAAUUGGUAUUGAUACCCCCAUUCAUGGAGGACGCAGAAGUUUGGUUUAUAUAUGCACUUUGCCACAUGGUAAAGGCGGAUCAAUUGUCUCUUAAUUUUAAUUUAAAUCAGAGUAAUGGAUCUGCCCGUGACAUUGCCAGAAACGAAGUGAUUCAAAAUAUUCAGUUGGUUAAAACGUUUCUCCAGACGGCGAUGUCCAAGGGUCACUUUGAAUAUCCAGAGAGAUUUAUUACACGACAGUUAAACACUUUUGAAGAAAGAUUAUACUCCAAAGAUGAAACCAACUCCAAGGACAAGGACAACAAUGAAUCAGACAACGGAUCCAGUAUGGACAAUGGAAACAUACAAUUGGUCCCUGAGACAAAUCCAAUUCCCCCGGCAGAAGAUGAAUAUGUUUUCUCUGAUUUCAGUUUUACCAAUGCUGCACAUGAUCUAGAUACACAAGCUCUGGAACCCAUGAUUCAUGAAGAGGACCUCAUGGAGGAGGAUCCAUUCAGCCAAAUACAAUCCGAUUCCAGUGAAUAG